AUGGUGAAAUCAAGAAAGACAGGAAUAGAAGUGAGGGUUGGGCUGGAAAAGCUAUGGCAAGUAAUGUCAAAGCCCAAGGAUUUGGCCGCCAUAUCAGCAAAGUUGGUGCCUGAGCAGAUCAUAGAUAUGCAGGUGGUUGAAGGAGAUGGAGGCGUCGGCACCAUCCUUCUCUACGUUCCUAGCUCCAUCAGUGGAUUAUCGGAUGCGAGUUAUAAGGAGAAAAUUGCAGAGCUUGACGCCACCAGACAUGAGAUAGGGUUCGAGUACGUGGAAGGUGGGUUUCUGAAUCGAGGGUUCUCCUACUUCAAGAUAGGCGCUCAGCUUUGCGCAAAAGGAGAGCAUCGAACUGAGGUCAAUCUGAAGAUCUCUUAUGAAUCUGACAAUGACGAAGAAACUACCCAGCAGCUGAUCCAGAAAGCAGAGUCUGCUGCUUUCAACUUGUUAAGGAACCUUGAAAAAUAUCUGUCCAAUGGUUUAGCCACUUCUUCUGACUGA